UCCGUUUCUCGCUGGUUAGGGUUUUUGCUUGGCUUUUGUCGAGUUGAGAGCCAGUCGUGCCGGAGAGUUUCAACUUUUUCGCUCCCAAAAAACUCUCUUUUACCUUCUCAGCGCCGAAACCAGCAGCAACAUCAACCAUGGCUAGCACUAAGGUCCAGAGGAUUAUGACCCAACCCAUCAAUCUGAUUUUCAGGUUUCUUCAAAGUAAAGCUCGCAUUCAAAUUUGGCUUUUUGAGCAGAAAGAUUUGCGAAUUGAAGGGCGUAUAAUUGGGUUUGACGAAUACAUGAACUUGGUUCUGGACGAUGCUGAAGAAGUGAACGUUAAGAAGAAGAGCAGAAAAUCCCUAGGUAGGAUUUUAUUAAAAGGGGACAACAUAACUCUGAUGAUGAACACGGGAAAAUGAUGAGGGAGCAGCACUGUGAAUCACGUUAUGGGGUGUCUAUUUUUGGAGGUCAACCAAAGAGAUGCCUUUGAAACCUAGCCUUUGAUAUAUUUGAUGAUGUUAGCAUCUCGGUAGAAGAAUUAUGUGUUAAAUCAAACUUCUGCUUUUUGUAAACCCUAGUUUGUUUCCUAGUUCAUAAUGCUUAUCUAAUUUCCAGUGGAUACUCCUGCACCUCUUGUUUUUUGUUUUGGUUUUCCCCAGAUGAUGCAAAGGGGAAAUCUCAUCAAGACACUUGGUACUUGCAACAGAUAUUGAAGUUCUGUAAAAAAAAAAAAUUUAAUGUCACUUGGUGUUUGGGUACCGCAUUCAAGCACCAAAAGUCCUUUUAAAA